AUGUCUCUGCGCUUUUCAACGCAAAAUUCCAAAGUUCAAAAUGAUCAUGAAGACAAUCCAUGUUUUGACUGUGUGAAUCCUUGUUCAACCCAUCCUUCAUACCCUUCAUAUCUUAAAAUUGAUUAUAAUUCUCCAUUGGAAGACACAUUAAAGCCAUAUUUCAAACAUGUUUUAAUUUCAACGGGUAAAGCAGAUUGGAUAACCAGAGUAGAAGAUGAUUCUGCAAGUUUGGCGGGUCAACUACAUAAAAUCAUUAAAGUCAAUGAUAGUAGUAUUUUUAACAACAACUAUAAUAAUGUCAACGAUAAUAGCAUUGUCAAUAAUACAGAGUCAGAAAAAUUGCCUCGUAUAGUUAUCACUAAUAGUAGUCGAGAGAAUACUGAUAAUGACCCAAAAUUUUUAAAAGGAAAUGAUGUUCUCCUAUUUCCUGAUAAUAUUUUAAUUCGUAAUGUAAACCCAAAUAAUGCUUCAGAAUUUUUUAAAACCUUUUUAUUGCCCCCACCGUCAUCACCACCAUCACCAUCACCAUGGUCACAUAAAGAUCAAAACAUUUCUUUUCAAGUAGAUCCAACGCCAUACAAAGCUGUCAUAGUAAUAUGUUCACAUAAACGACGUGAUAAAAGAUGCGGUAUAACCGGACCAAUAUUAAAAAAUGAAUUUGAUCGAAUAUUAAAAGAUAAAGGUUUAGACGUAGAAAGGAAAAAAAAUGAAGGUGUGGCUGUGUUUUUAAGUAGUCAUACUGGAGGUCAUAAAUUUGCUGGUAAUGUUAUAGUUUAUCGAGAUGGUCAAGGCAUAUGGUAUGGACGUGUGAUUCCAUGUCAUGUUGAAAGUAUAAUAGAGUCAACUGUCAUCGAAGGAAAAGUAAUAAAAGAUUUAUAUCGAGGAUCAAUGAAUGGAAGUUUUGCACCAGGAAAAGGUGGAAGAUUAGAUUGGUAA